GUUGGAAAAAGCCUGAACCUUCUCGUGUCUCUCCGAAUCUCUCCCCCUCGCUCCUCCCCGGCCGACCUCGUCUCUCCCAAAACCAUGAGAGAAAUCGUGACCGUUCAAGUUGGAGGAUUUGCCAACUUCGUCGGCUCCCACUUCUGGAAUUUCCAGGAUGAAUUGCUUGGAUUGGCAGAUGACCCGGAAAGUGAUCCAAUCUUCAAAAACCAGAGGCUCAACAUGGACGUGCUCUAUCGUGCCGGUGAAACCCAGAUGGGAGUUGCCACUUACACGCCCCGUGUGGUUUCAGUCAAUUUUCAAGGUUCGUUGGGCUCCAUGAGCUCAAGUGGUACUAUCUACAGUGAAAAAAUUUCAGCACGAUCAAAUAUUUCCACCUGGUUUGGAAAUGUUACUACUCAUGCAUCUGAACCUCGGAAGAAGAACUUAUUUCUGGAGAGUCUGUACGAGGAAGAACAGGAUAAAGUAAGGGGCAGAGAGAAUGAUAAUAUGAGCGAAAGUCAGGACAAAGAUAUCGUUGAAUGCCUAGACAAGGGUGUUGAGUAUUGGACAGACUUCUCCAAAGUCCAUUAUCAUCCUCAAAGUUUAUACGAAUUGAGCGGACUAUGGAUGGACUCUCAGGAUUUUAACAACUACGGAAUCGGUAGGGACAUCUUUUCUGAAGGUUCACGAGGAGAGGAAUUAUCUGAGAGGCUGCGUUUCUUUGUAGAAGAGUGUGAUCAUAUCCAGGGCAUUCAGUUCCUCGUGGAUGAUUCCGGAGGAUUUUCUGCUUUAGCAGCGGAUUUCCUAGAGAACAUUGCAGAUGAUUACACUAACAUUCCUUUACUACUUUAUUCUGUGAGAAGUCCAAGCUUGCAUACGAAUACUAGAAGCUCGAAAAGAAGCAUCUCAGGUGAUCUUCACGAUGCAAUAUCGUUUUCAAGGCUCUCAUCGUUCUGCAAACUGUUCAUCCCUGUCGGUCUUCCAUCUUUGGGUGGAAGUAAAGCCUCGAAAUAUCUUCUCCUUCAAGACGAGAAGCUUUAUCACAGCAGUGCAGUGUAUGCUGCAGCCCUGCAUUCAAGCAUUAUCCCUUUCAGAAUGGAACCUUUAAGCUCAGCACUGGAUUCAAGUGAAGUGUCGGGUGCUAUGGAUGUGAAUACGCUUGUACAAAUGUUAUCGGGACGGGAUAGACAGAACAUCGUGGCUAUUUUAGAUGCUGCAAUACCAUCCCCUGCUUUGUCAGGGAAACAAUCGGAGAAUACCCUUGUAAUGGAUUUGCAGCCACUGACACCAGAAGUGGCGGAAGAUGUAGAAGACACUAGGGCAAUCGAAUCCAUGAGUUUACUCGGAGCCAUCGGAUCAGAAGGUAUAGAGGCAUCUAUUUCAGAAGCGAAGGACGCUGUCCAUGCAUCUUAUGAGCAGAACACAUCGGUUAGACCAUUGUUUUGCAAUGUAUCGGUAUCCCGUUGCCCUCUACCAGUACCGCUGCCAUUUCCGCGUAUAUUCGGUAACCUCAUUGGCCGAAAGGGUGAGAUCUUAGGCAGCCCUUUAUCAGAUUCUCUGCCCAGAGGUCCACUUGAUGUUCAUUCUGUGCCGUUGGCGACGAGGCUGAGGAGUUCAAGCGCAAUCUUACCAUUUUUGGAAAGGAGAAUGGGGAAUCUGCAGAAAUAUGGGAUCCAAUGGGGGGCGGUCGGGUCGGAUUUGGUGAGGACAUGGGGGUUUGGGAGAGAAGAGUUGCAGGAGAUGAGAGAGAAUCUGUCCAAGAUGGUCGCUGAACUGAAUCCGCAGUUGUUGGAAUCUUCUGAUUCAGAUUAGGCUAAAGUUUUGUGUCAUAGUUAGUGUUUUGGGUCACAGACACAACGGAUUUCCCUUUGAUGUUGUAGUUUUUGCGGACAAAGUGCUUCUCUGUUAUAUUAUGCGUGGCUACAGAUUAGGGUUUUUUCUCUCUCGAAAGUUUCACUCUACUCCAUCCUGUAUUUCAAGGUUUUGACAUUUAAUAUCAAGGUAUAUGAUCUAAUUUUAGGUA